CCCCCCCAUGGACGCUGUGCUCCCGGAAGUCUCAACUCAAGCUUGCCUCACUUGCCUGUCUUGCGCGCCUGUCUGUCCUGCAAGCUGCCCUGACAGUGGUUCUGGGCUGAAAUGGAGCCAUGAGCCUGCAUAGACGAUGACUGCAGUGUUUGUGAAUGGAGGCGGCCUGGUGACCACACACUGUGACAGGUGGGACCGGAGGGACAGCGUGGAGAGCAGCUGUCAGACCGAGUGCGGCAAGGAGGGCGAGGAGGACCAGCCGCGCCAGCUGACACCCUUCGAGAAACUGACCCAGGACAUGUGCCAAGAUGAGAAGGUGGUGAGGGAGAUCACGCUGGGGAAACGCAUCGGCUUCUAUCGAAUUCGAGGGGAGAUCGGAAGCGGAAACUUUUCCCAGGUCAAGCUGGGAAUUCACUCCCUAACCAAAGAAAAGGUGGCCAUUAAGAUCCUGGACAAAACCAAGUUAGACCAGAAAACCCAAAGGCUGUUAUCCAGAGAGAUUUCCAGCAUGGAAAAGUUGCACCAUCCCAACAUCGUCCGUCUUUAUGAAGUUGUGGAGACCCUGUCCAAGCUCCACCUAGUGAUGGAGUAUGCGGGAGGUGGAGAGCUCUUUGGGAAAAUUAGCACCGAGGGGAAGCUUUCUGAACCAGAAAGCAAGCUCAUCUUCUCCCAGAUCGUGUCUGCCGUGAAGCACAUGCAUGAAAAUCAAAUCAUCCACAGAGAUCUGAAAGCAGAAAAUGUCUUUUAUACCAGUAGCACUUGUGUGAAGGUGGGAGAUUUUGGAUUCAGCACCGUAAGUAAAAAAGGCGAGAUGCUCAACACUUUCUGCGGCUCCCCGCCCUACGCCGCACCCGAACUCUUCCGAGACGAACACUAUGUCGGUGUUUAUGUCGAUAUCUGGGCCUUGGGUGUCCUUUUGUACUUCAUGGUGACCGGGACGAUGCCAUUUCGAGCAGAAACCGUGGCCAAACUAAAGAAGAGCAUCCUCGAGGGUACCUACACCAUACCCCAGCACGUGUCCGAGCCUUGCCACCGGCUCAUCCGAGGAGUCCUUCAGCCCACGCCCACAGAGAGGUAUGGGAUCAACUACAUCCUGAACAACGAAUGGCUACGAGGCGUGCCCUACCCAGCCCCCUUGGAACCUUUCCAGCUGGAUCCGAAACAUUUGUCAGAAACCAGCACCCUCAAAGAAGAAGAAAACGAGGUGAAAAGCACUUUAGAACACUUGGGGAUUACAGACGAACAUAUCCGGAACAACCAAGGGAGAGACGCCCGGAGCUCUAUCACGGGGGUCUACAGAAUCAUUUUACAUCGAGUGCAAAGAAGAAAAGCACUGGAAAGUGUGCCAAUAAUGAUACUACCAGAACCGAAAGAAAGGGACCUAAAGAAAGGGUCUCGCGUCUACAGAGGCAUACGACACACGUCAAAGUUUUGUUCAAUUUUAUAAAUUUUAUCAGGCAGCUGGGAGCUAACCAUGAGCCCAGUUGCUGCUUUUAACUUUUCUCAUACACAAUUU